AUGAACGACAAACGACAUUUUACCAAUCCUUAUCCACCAUUUUUAUUACCGGAGUUGAAGAAGUAUUACGACGACAAUGGCAGAGCGCCUGUGAUCAGUGGUACAACCAAAGGAAUAAAAUGUACCGAAACUUGGCGGACUAAAUUGCUUCAAUAUAUCGACAUAAAACUGAAUGAAUUAUCUGCAGGAACUCAGCGCCGGUAUCAACGAGCAGAUCCAAGUAUUUACGUUGGUUAUGCAGGAGUUGCUAUGCUUUAUAUUCGCUUGUCAGAAGCACUAGAUAAUGGGAAAAAAGAGCUAUACCUGAAAACUGCAUGGAAUUAUUUGAGUAUCUCCUUGACUAUGAUUAGUAACACUAGGCGCCAUAAAGAUGUAACGUUUCUUUGUGGCGAUGCUGGUAUAUAUGCUUUGGCCGCUGUUGUAUGCCACAAGCUUGGUGUUGAACAGCAAUCUAAAGAUUUAAUUGAACAAUUACAAGCCUUACAUGUUCACUGUGAUGAUAGAAGCUUACCCGAUGAACUUCUAUAUGGCAGAAGUGGUUAUCUACACUCUUUAAAAUUUGUUCAAUUACAUCUUGGCAAGGAUGCUAUUAAACAAGAGAUUAUUGAUAAGGUAGUAAAUGCCAUCAUCAUGUCAGGAAAGAAUUUUUCUCGUGGAAUUAAAAGUCGCUCUCCAUUAAUGUUUACAUGGUAUAAUGACCUUUACUUUGGGGCAGCCCAUGGUCUAUCUGGAAUUUUGUAUAUGUUAUUAAAAGUAGGUAAUUAUCCCGCAACUAUCGAUGAAUCGAGAGAUUACUUAGUUCAUUGGUGUCAUGGGGCACCUGGAGUUAUUUAUACCUUCGCUGCGGCAUAUCAGGCUUUCAAUCAUACACCUUUCCUCGAUGCUGCAAUUGUCUGUGGUAGCACAAUAUGGGAACGAGGACUACUUCAUAAAGGUCAUGGAUUAUGCCAUGGUGUAGCUGGCAAUGCUUACGCGUUUCUGUGUUUGUAUCGACUUACCAAGGAUCCGAUACAUCUUUAUCGGGCAACACGAUUUGCUGAAUGGUGUAUGGAUAGCACAAAUCAUCACGCUAGAGUUGCUGAUUCUCCUUAUUCAUUAAUGGAAGGCUUGGCAGGUACCCUUUGCUUUUUAUUAGACAUGCUAAACGUAAAGAAAUCGGCUCUUCCAGCGUUUGAAUUAUAG